UACUGUAAAGAGAAUAAUGGAGAUGAGUGAGGAGAUUUAUGCAAAUGUAGAAGUAGCUGCAGAUAAUAAAGCUGAUUCCAGUGACAGCGAGCAAUCAUAUGAAGAUGUUUUUGAGAAUGAGGACAGUUUGCAGACCCAGAGACAUGAAAGCUUCAAGCAGUCUAAGAGCUCAGUUACAGGAAUCAACCUGGCAGGGAUGAAACUUUACAGACUGACUACAGUGUGUUUGCUGCUGCUGUGUUUUCUCCUGCUGACUUGCAUCAUAGUGCUGUGGACCAAAUUCAGCAACCUUAGUACAGAACAAGCCAAGCUGGAGACCAGUCACAACAACUUGACUAUAGAGAACAAACAGUUACAGACCAGUUUCAUCAACCUGAACACAGAGGGCCAAAAGCUUCAAACCAGUCACAAAAACCUGACUGAAGAGAAAUACGAGUUACAGACCAGAUACAACACGCUGACUGAAGAGAGAGGCCAGUUACAGACCAGAUACAACACCCUGACUGAAGACAAGGAUCAGUUACAGACCAGAUUCAACACCCUGACUGAAGACAAGGAUCAGUUACAGACCAGAUACAACACCCUGUCUGAAGAGAGAAACCAGUUAAAGAACUCUCAUAAUUUCAUGACUAUAGAAAAAGCUAAGCUGGAGACCAGUCACAAGAACCUGACUAUAGAGAAAGACCAGUUACAGACCAGUCACCACACCCUGGCUAAACAAAGAGAUCAGUUACAGACCAGUUACAACACCCUGACUAAAGAAAGAGACCAGUUACAGAAGCAAAAUGAUGAAUUUCAGAAGAACAACCUUAGUACAGAACAAGCCAAGCUGGAGACCAAUCACAACAACUUGACAAUAGAGAACAAACAGUUACAGACCAGUUUCAUCAAUAUCAUUAAUACAGAAAAAGCUAAGCUGGAGACCAGUCACAAAAACCUGACUGAAGAGAAAUACGAGUUACAGACCAGAUACAACACCCUGACUGAAGACAAGGACCAGAUACAGACCAGAUACAACACCCUGACUGAAGACAAGGACCAGAUACAGACCAGAUACAACACCCUGACUGAAGAGAGAAACCAAAUGCAGUUACAGGCCAGUUCCAACAACCUGCCUAUUGAGAGAGACCAGUUACAGACUAGUAACCACGACUUGACUGUAGAAAAAUACCAAAAUGUGCUGUGGAUCAAAUUCAACACACUUGAUGCUGGAAACCGCCAGUUACACACCAGAUACAACACCCUGAAUAAAGAGAGGGACCAGUUACAGACCAGAAACAACACCCUGACUAAAGAGAGAGACCAGUUACAGACCAGUUACAACACCCUGACUAAAGAGAGAGACCAGUUACAGACCAGUUACAACACCCUGACUAAAGAGAGAGACCAGUUACAGACCAGUUACAACACCCUUAUUGAAGAGAGAAAUAACUUACAGAGAGAUAAAAAUGAGCUCUUUUCUAAACUGGGAUGGAUAUAUUUCAGCUCCAGUAUUUACUACAUCUCUAAUGUAGCUAAGAGCUGGCCUGAGAGCAGACAGGACUGCACAGAGAGAGGAGCAGGCCUGGUGGUCAUAAACAACAAAGAGGAACAAGAGUUCAUCAGUAAAUCGCUGUGCAGUAGAAAAGCCUGGAUUGGUCUAAAUGACAGAGACACUGAGGGAGUGUGGAAGUGGGUAGAUGAUACACCACUGACCACUAGGUAUUGGGGACGUGGUGAACCGAACGGUAAACUUUAUGAGGACUGUGUCAUCACAGGUGAAUUUUCUGAUGCUGUCUGGACCUGGGCUGAUUAUCCCUGUGAUCAUAAGUUUAUUUGGAUCUGUGAGAAGACAGUCGCAUUCAACUGAAUUUACAUUGUUACAUUAUUGUGUCUGAAAAAUCCUCACCAUCAUAAUGUUGCUUGCUUUUCUAUUUUUCAUUCAGCAGCGAUAUGGAAGCAUGAAUGUGGUUUAAUAUAAUCAAUUGUUUUGUUCUGUGAUGACAGUGACUCGGUACACUUAAUGUUAUAU